GCGGGGCUUGGACUGGCGUUCGCGGCGCGCAGGCUGAAGAGGGACUUGGACACCCCUGGACGCCCGUGGAUGGAUGGAACCACCGUGGGUCGCGAGUACGACGCAUGGACUGAGGAACAGAUACUGGAGUACUACUGGGGCGAGCACAUCCACUUGGGCUAUUACAGCGACGAUGACCUGGCCAAGGGCGCGGGGACUCUGCUGGGAUGCAAGGUGAAGGACUUCAUCGAGGCCAAGCUCGACUUUUGCGACGAGAUGCUCGCCUGGUCCGAGUGCCCCGACAAACCCGCGAAGGUGCUCGACGUGGGUUGCGGCAUAGGGGGUACCUCGAGGCACCUCGCAAAGACCUUCGGGUCUGGCACGCAGGUCACCGGUAUCACCCUCUCUCCGAAGCAGGUGGAGAGGGCCACGGAGCUGGCGAAGGAGCAGAACCUGCCAAACGCUUCGUUCCGGGUGAUGAACGCGCUUGAGAUGGAGUUCCCCGCCGACACCUUCGACAUGGUGUGGGCGUGCGAGUCCGGCGAGCACAUGCCGGACAAGAAGAAGUACGUCGAAGAGAUGGUGCGGGUGCUGAAACCCGGCGGUCGGCUCGUCAUUGCCACCUGGUGCCAGCGUUCGACGCCGCCGGCUUUCACCGAAGAGGACCUGGUGAACCUUGACUACCUGUACAAGGAGUGGGCGCACCCGUACUUCAUAUCCAUCGAGGAAUACGCCUCACUGGUAGAGGGAACGACGACUAUGAGAGAUGUGGACACGGACGACUGGACGAGGCAGACGAUUGCGAGCUGGAGGCACUCCAUAUGGGCGGGUGUUUGGGAUCCGAUACCUGUGUUCUCACGCCCAAAUAUUUGGUACAAGACUCUCAGAGACAUAGUGUGCCUCGAGAGGAUGAGGCGCGCGUUCGGGCGAGGGCUCAUGCAGUACGGCAUGAUCAAGGGCGUCAAG